AUGGCGGCCCGAACAAAAGCUAUCCAAGCCUUGCGGCAGUUCACAUCCUGUGACAUCGGUGAUGCUCUCGUCAAACUCGGACUCCCUCACGGCGGCUACCUCUCCGGCCUGCAGAUGUACAGCCCCGGACCAGCGACCAGCGCCGCCUCCAAAAUCUUCGGUCCCGCGUACACCGUGCGCAUGGUACCCGCCGCCGACAAGUCCGCACCCAGCCCCCCGUGUCAUUUCGCCGACGCCAUCCCCAAGGACGCCGUUGUCUUCGUCUCGCAGCCCAAGGGACUGAUCAGUGCAUGCUGGGGCGGGUUGAUGAGCACUCGGGCGCAGAAAUGCGGAGCGGCCGGGGUGGUCAUCGACGGUCGGUUCCGGGACGUGGAGGAGCAUCGCGCGUUGAACAUUGGCUUGUUUGCGCGCGGCCUGAGUAUCCUGGGAUCGAACACCUUUACGCGAUCGUCGGAGCUGAAUGUGCCUGUUACCUAUGAGAAUGUGGAAAUCGAUGAGAAGGUGGUCAUCGAGCCGGGCGAUUAUAUCAUGGGCGAUGUAGAUGGAGUCGUGGCCAUCCCUACUAGCACGGUGGAGGAAUGCGUGCGUCUUUGCCAGGAGCGGUACGAAAUUGAUGAGGAAACCCGAAAGUGUUUAGAAAGAGGCGACGAGAUCGGGCCCACGAUCAAGAGACUUAGAAAAUAA